AUGUCAGAUUUAAAACGUACCGUGAGAAUUACUACGACUCAGAACGUACUCAAGGAUAUACCGCCCAUAGAGAAAGGGUUCCCGAUGAGGAAAUGGUCAAUUUCCGUGUCUUUACUUAAUGAUCAAGGCAAGGAAAUCCCAGCUACCAUCUUUGACAAAGUUACUUACCACCUGCAUCCCACUUUUGAGAAUCCAGUUCGUGUGUUCAAGCAGCCUCCGUUCAAGAUCGAAGAGCAGGGAUGGGGAGAGUUUGACAUGAAAAUCGCUUUGACCAUUGCUGAAAAAGGAGGAGAACGCAAAAUCAGCCAUGAUUUGAACUUUUUGAAAGAAAAAUACAUUGUGGACCACGUAAUCUCUGUUCCAACCAACAAACCUGGACUAUUGGCCCUGUUAGCUGAGAGUGGGCCGGUUCCUUCGUCCGAGGGGGCCACCACUCCAGGGCUGUCGAGUGUAACAGAAAAACGUAAAACCAGCUUGGUUGGUGAUGUUAAAGCAAAAAAGGUCAAGACUAGUUCUGGUGCCGUAAAAGGUGGUGUUGAUUUGGAGAAGUUGGCCGAUGGGCUGACUAAGUUGUCCGAAGAUGACCUCUUGGGGGUAGUUCAAAUGGUUACCGACAACAGGUCGCCCGAGAUGAAUAUCAAGAACGAUGUGGACGAGGGAGAGUUUACAAUGGAUUUGUACAGUCUUCCUGACAGUCUACUGAAGAGUCUGUGGGAAUACGUCAAGAAACAUGCUGAUGUGUAG